ACCUUUACAAAACUCUGAAACAUUUUCUGUGAGACCCACAACACAGACACUUCACUUACACAGGACAGGACACAAACACGAGAGGAUGCGUGCAUUCUGGCAGAUUUACUCUUUGAUAAUUGUCGCCUUGCUGGGUCAUCUACACUGGAUCUCAGCUCAUAACACUGCGGCUGUGAACCCCCCAGAGGCCUCUCUGUACAAUGGCACCCUGUACGCGGCCUGUAAGAUCAGACCCAAUGAGCCGAACAGUACCGGUCCAAAGAUUUACGGCAUGGCCCUGUUUAAACAAGACUCCCCUCAGGACAGACUGGCCGUGUUCCUGCAGCUCCGAGGCUUUGACAGUGGCACAGCUGAGCCCAAAGCGGUGCACAUCCAUCAGUUCGGAGACCUGAGGUCCAGCUGCGCCUCCACUGGGGGGCACUACAACCCCCACCACGUCAACCACCCUCACCACCCCGGGGACUUCGGCAACUUCAUGACGGAGAACGGCCGCAUCAAAGCCAUGGUCGAGUCUGAGGCCACACUGUUCGGAGGAGACUCGGUCCUGGGCAGAGCUGUGGUCGUCCACCAGCACCAGGACGACAUGGGGCAGGGGGGCGACGCGUCCAGUCUUCUGAACGGGAAUGCAGGCCCCCGGGUCGGCUGCUGCGUGAUUGGGAUAUCCUCUCCUGAUCUCUGGGCCAUGUACGCCGAUAAACUAAAUCCUUAAAGACUGAAUUAGAAAUGUAAUUUUUGUAUUGGGAGUUCACCACCUUCUUACUUCUGUGGAUAUGUCUGGUAUUGUAGCUCAAAAAUACCUAGAAAAAAAAAUACCUAGAAAAACAGGCAUUCUGACUGUGAGUUGGUUGCCUCUCCACUGAUCUGACCUGUAAUGCCUGGUCUCCAUGAAUAUAAAAAGAUUUAACCCUCUCAACUUUUCUUUUUAGCAUAACAUUGGCCCUAUUGCACCAAAUAGUACCAAAAUUGGCCAAUUUGUGUAUUUUGUGAUGUAUGUUUAAUGUCUGUGUUUUUUUCAAGAUCACAUUAAUUAAAGAUCUAUAAUCAAAAUACUCAUA